AUGUAUUCCCACAUCUUCGCCAUAAGUGGCCUUGUGGCGCACUGCACUGCUUCUCUAACAGUGCAGCGCAGCAAUGCGGACUCUCGGAUCAAGUCUAACCACACUGGCCUUCUCCAACAAAGCCACUGGCCAGAAGGUAUCCAUCUAGCUGUGGACUACUAUCCCUCACAAUGGCCGGAGUGGAUGUGGGAUGGGGAUCUGGCUCGUAUGGCACAGAGCAACAUCUCUUACGUUCGGGUCAAUGAGUUCGACUGGUCGAUUCUGGAACCUAAGGAAGGCGAAUACAACUUUACACUGCUGGACAAGACUCUCGAGCUAAUUGCCAAACACAACCUCAAAGCCAUCGUAGGCACUCCUACUGCGGCUCCACCCAACUGGCUGACGGAAAAGUACAACGUCGACUUUGUUGAUCGUACGAAUACAACCCUCUUGUUCGGAUCUCGAAGACACUACAGCUUUUCAUCUUUCGAUUAUCGCGACCAGAGUCAGAAGAUCACACGCAAGCUUGCAGAACGUUACGGAAACCAUUCAAGCGUGAUAGGAUGGCAGCUUGACAACGAGUUUGGAUGCCACGAUACAGUGAGGAGCUAUGAUCAAGACGCAAAGACUCGCUUUCGCUCGUGGCUGAAAGAGAAAUAUGGCACUAUCGAGAAUAUGAACGACCGGCAAGGGCGUGUGUUCUGGUCUUCGCAAUACGAAUCUUUCGAAGCAGUGGAGCCACCAUUUUUGGAAGUUUACACGAACAAUGAAGCCCAUACUCUCGAUUGGUAUACCUUUUCGUCGGAUAUGGUGAUCGAAUUCGCGAAGGAGCAGACCGAUAUCAUCAGGGAACUCGCUCCGACCCAUGGUGUAACACACAACUUCAUGGUCUUCUUCACCGAUUUCGAUCAUCAUAAAUUCAACCGCGAGGUCGGUCUCGACAUGUCGACGUUCGACGCUUACCCACUUGCUGGCACAGGUGCCGCGCCGCUCUCUGAUCAAGAGCUAGCCGACUAUCUCCGCACUGGCCUGCCGGACCUACAAAGUCUCCACCACGCGUUGUAUCGAGGUGUCUCGGGAGAAGCUUAUGAAAAGAACCAUGGCCCGUUUGGAGUAAUGGAAAUGCAGCCUGGUGUGCUGAAUUGGAACACAUAUCGUGUCUCUCCACUGGAAGGCAUGGUACGUCUCUGGACGCACGAGACAUUCGCAGCAUCCGGUGACCUCGUCAAUUACUUCCGCUGGCGUCAAGUGCCCUAUGCCCAAGAGCAGACACUCUCUGGACUCUUCGUCUCCGAUAACACUGAGGAUCAAGGUUACAUUGAGUCGCAAGAGUUUGCUGACAAUGACCUACCGGAGCUCCGAGACCGCGCUGUUGCUCCGGAACCUCAAGCUGACAUCGCACUGGUAUUCGAUUAUGCGAGCCACUGGGUUUGGAGCAUUGAGCCUUACAGCGGCUCGUGGUCCGUCAAAGAUGCCGGUUACACAGAUGCUGCGCUCACAUAUACGACGCUGUUCUAUACCUUCUACUCUGCUCUUCGCCGCCUCGGCCUAAGCAUCGACAUCAUCUCUCCGGAGCAGAGUCUCGAAGGAUACAAAGCCGUAAUCGUGCCCAGCUUGCCGAUCGUGUCCGAAGCUUUCGACGAGGCUCUUGCCACAUUCUCUGGCCCCGUCGUUGUUGGCCCGCGCACAGGCAGCACGACUCCCGACUUUGCAUAUGUUCCUGGUCUCAACCCAGCUGGCAGCAGCACUUUGCGCUCACGUCUACCCUUACGUGUCACCCGUAUCGAAACCCCUCCUGCGUACGCUGGAAGUGGAGUCUCGUACGCUGGCCAGGAUUACAACGUCUCUUUCUGGGAGGAGUGGGUUGCCUGCAGCCGGGACAACGCGACCAGUGAGACUACUGUCACAUACACUUCUCGCCAUCGACCAGGCAAGCCGGCAGCUUGCUCAAAGGAUAACCUGCACUAUCUCGGCUUCAACCCGACAACCAACUUCCUGGUAGACUAUCUGGGAGAUGUAGCGAAGGCAGCCGGAAUGAAAGACCUGACAGGCCGUGUGGCGGACAAGGAGAACGACCUUGGUGAGACGCUGAGGUUUCUCCGGAGAGGAGAUCUUCUCUGGGCGUUCAACUAUGGAUGGGAGACACAAAGCUUGCCAGAAGUGGAUGGAAGCUUGAUCAUCGGUGAGGAUGCAACCGAAGUGGAGAGCGCCAGCGUUGUGGUAUUCCAGCUGAAGACAAACUCGAGCACCCAUGCUUGA